CUCUGGAGCGGCGGGUGCCGAGUCUCGAUGACUUCGCGGGACAGAGCUGGAGCUCAUGGGUGGAACGGGCCGACCUGCCCGUGGCCGACGAAACUGAGGUACAAGGGCAACCCUUUGAAGAUGCCAAAGGGCCCCAAGACAGCAGUUUCUCUGCUCUGUGACUGUCCUAUCAAUGCAGGACCUGAGAAGCUGGGUGUGACUUUGCUGAUGCUAUGGUAACACAGGGGCUGAGUUGGAGGAGAGUAACAAAAACACGAAGAAGCUGGAUGCCAUGACCCUCAUUAAAGAAGACAUGUCCAUCUUCGGGCACUGCCCUGCCCAUGACGACUUCUAUUUGGUUGUGUGUAACCACUGCAGCCAAGUGGUGAAGCCUCAAGCUUUCCAGAAGCACUGCGAAAGAAGACAUGGGCCCCUCAGCAAGCUUUACGCCCGGGCCCCACCCCCACCUCCAGCCCCUGCCAGCUCUCAGAAAUGCCAUGUAGUGAAUGGGCAGGGCCCAGCUUGUAGGGCCCCAGGUUCCACCAAAACCUCCUCCAGGGAGAAGGGCCAGGGGUCCCGGAGCCGUGGCCACCAGCCUCCUGAGAAGACCCAGAAGGACAACCUCUGCCUUUUCAUGCCUGUUGUGAAUCUGGAGAAGAUGUCCAGUCUCCCGAAACCCGAUGGACACGGCAUCAGGGUGGCCCCACCCUCUGCUUUCCUCAGCCAGCCGGGCAGCCUCACCAAGGACUCCCCUGGAAAACCCUCCAUGGCGCCCCCUUCUAAAGAACCUCCUGGCAGAGAGAGCAUCGAGAUAACCCCCAGCGAGGGCCCUAGUCACCGGGCUGAAGUCAGCCCUCCUGAAAAGGAGCCUGGUGGGGCCAGGCUGCCCCCCAGAACCCACCGGAAAAUGGCUCGGAAGGAGUGUGACCUCAACAGGCAGUGUGGGGUAAUAAAUCCAGAGACCAAAAAGAUCUGUACCCGCCUGCUGACCUGCAAGAUCCACUCGGUGCACCAGCGCCGGGAGGUCCAGGGCCGGGCUAAGGACUUUGACGUGCUAGUGGCAGAGCUGAAGGCCAACUCCCGCAAAGGGGAGUCUCCCAAGGAGAAGAGCCCAGGGCGCAAGGAGCCAGCUCUUGAGCGCCCCUCCCAGGAGCCCCCCUCAUCCCAGGUUGUAGCAGCGGCGGCCGCUCCCAGCUUCUCUGCUCGUGCCAAGCAGACCUACUCAUACUGUGCACUGCCCAGGUCCCGGGCUUCCUCUGAGAGUGAGUUGGAUGAUGAAGGCCCUUGUGGUGGUGAUGGGGACCCAGGCCUGUUCCCCUUCCCCCUACCCCGGGGCGGGGCCCAGGCCUCCAGCGAGGACAGUGAGGAGGAGGGGACAUCUGACGACCUCCACCUCCCCGCCGACUGCCAUUAUGCAACCCGACCGCCACGGCCACAGGCGUUCUGCACCUUUGGGAGCCGGCUGGUGAGUCCAGGGUGCUACGUGUUUAGCCGUCGGCUGGACCGGUUCUGCUCGGCACUGAGCUCCAUGCUGGAACGGCACCUCAGCUCACACAUGUGGAAGAAGAUCCCACCAGCGGCUGAGCCUCCUUCCCACCUCGUCAGCUCCCCUCUGCCUGCUCCCCUGAGCCCAUCCUCCACGAGCAGCUGCCCCCGCCUCUCAGGCCCAGCCCCCAGACCUGCCUGCCCAGCUUCCACACCCCCCACCAAGGACAGCCUUGUCCCCAGCUACCCUGCAGGCUCCCCCAGCGUGGCAGCCGCCUGCAGCCAGGCGGAGUGCAUGGGUGGAAGCCAGGCCAUCACCUCACCACUGCCUGCCAACACGCCAUCCCCGUCCUUCAGCAAACUCCCGCCUUCGAAGGCCAGCAAGUCGUCCAGAGGCAAAGACGGGGCAGAGUUGGAGGCCCCUUCUCGAAAGCGAAAGUUAUCCCCUGGCCCUACGACUUUCAAACGGACCUGCAUCCUGGAACCCACUGGAAAAGGCAAACCCUCUGGCUGCCGGGGCCUCUCGGCCAAGACUAAAACAGCCCUGGGCAUAGGGCUUAAUGGGACAGUGGGGCCAAGAGUGAAGCGGGCAGGGCCCCUGGAUUGUCGGGGUUCCCCUCAUCAGCCCCCCACACCAGUCAAGGCUUCUCAGCUGGACAACCGGGGAGUGGCUGGACACCCAGCCAAGGCCCUGCCGACCAACUGCCUCUCUGAGGAGGAGGUAGCCAAGAAGCGGAAAAAUCUGGCCACUUACUGCCGGCCAGUGAAGGCCAAGCACUGCCAGGCUGCCCCCCCUGCCGAUGCGGCCUGCUCUGUACGCCGCAAGAAGCCGGGUCCAGCCCUGGCCUUUGAGGAGAAGUGUUCUACACUGAAGGUACCAGCCCAGCUCCCUGAAGAGCAUGGGCAGGGAAGGGUCAGGGUGGAUGAGGGUGGAGUGCACGGUGGGAAUCUGACACAGAGAAGGUGCUGAGUAAACGUGCAAGGAAGGGAAGAGAGGAAGCUGAGAGAGAGGUUUUGGGACAUCUUCUUUAGUGAGAGGUGAGUCAGUUCCUUGCAGGCUGGUCCCAGCCUUUUGCUUGAUGGGCCUUCUCCUGUCCCCAGCCCUCUCCUUUGGGAUGAAGGAGAUGCUGCCUCUGCCUCCCCCUCACCAACCCCCGCUUUUGCUUCAAUCAGAGGGCUACUUUCUGAAUUGGCUAUGGCCCUCGCUCCAGGAACUGGAGCUACCUCUGUCCUCGAAGGACAGGAAGUUGGACUCCAUGAGCUCUGAUAAGAAAGGCUUGGGCAGUGAGGUUGAGCUUGGGUUCCUGAGCUGUGGCCUAACAUCUGCGCAGCAGAGCAGGCAGGCCUGUCUGGCUCAUUGGCUUUGCCUCUGGGCAUCAGCAUGGAAGGGCAGGGGUAUAACUCGAGGUCCACAUAUGCAUGUAUGCCCACCUUGCACCUGUGUCCACUUCAGGUUUUCAGGCAAGUUCUCCAGGGUUUCUUGUAAAACCAGUAUUCAGUUUUAUUUGCCUCUGCUGCUGGAGCCCUAGAGUAGCAUGCUAGGAGCUGCCCAUAUGAUGUCAGCCAGGAGGGAGUUACUGGAGGUGGGAAGGAGAGGUGCUCUCCUGGUUUCAGCAUGGGCCAGAUGCAUACCAAUACCUCUGGCAUGCACAUAAGAGUAAUGCGUCUAACAGUUACCCAGGGCCUGAGUGCAUAUGUGUGUGUACUCAUGGGCAUGGGUCUUCUCCAGGCUGCCCCUGCUAGGCUGGCAUCCAUCUUUCCCCUUGCCCAGCUUUAUUCACCAGGCCAGCAGGAGGAAAUCCAGCCUUAGCUCUUGUGGUUCACAGUUCAAUGGGUAGGAGGACUGGUAGGCCCCUAGCUGACCCUGUCUCUUGCCUCUUGUC